AUGAUUCCCAUAUUUUGGUGCUCGUUACUUGUCGCACUCGCUCAAUUUGGAUCUUCUCAGACGGUCUCUUCCAGCGAUGGCUAUACCGGCUACUCGCUCAGCGUAACCGGCAACGACACUGAUUCGGCAGUCUAUGAGACCGAGGAGACCGACACGUCGAAUGGCACUGUGACUAACGCCAGCACUCCGCCUGACGUCUACCUCAAUGCAAGCGUCUCGGUCGGCGAGAUCGACAUCACGGUGAAGAAUCUGUCGGCGAAGAUCAACAUCGAUGCCCAAGUGCUGUCCCUCCUUCAAUUCAACGCCGGUGUCGAUCUAAGCAUCAAUGCUGUGCAGUUGAACAUCCAGAACGUAACAGCCAAGGUCGAGCUCGAGGCACGGCUGGAGAAUCUGGUGCUUAUGAUCAACGACACGCUCAACUCAAUCGACCUGAACCCUGUGAUUGCCACGCUGGGGUCCGACGUUGGCUCCCUGGUCGACACUGCUCUCGGCGGUAGCAGCACGAGCAGCAGCAGCCCCUCUUCCUCAACGAGCGGUCUGUCCGCCCGCUCGGUGCUUCUUGACGAAGGUAUCCUCUAUUCGGUCAACGACUACACCGGCAAUACGCACACAAAUCGAAUCCUCGACCAGGCGGGCAACAUCGUGGACCAGAAGCUGCACAACGAUGGAUCCGUCUACUCGUCCCAGGUCGUCGGAUCGUACUGGCACGACAUGACGUUUACAGGGCAUGAGCGGGCAGUCUUGUUCAACGGCCAAAGUGCAAAGGAGUCGGAGUAUUCAUACACGCCAUUCAACGGCUUCAGCUCGAUUGCUGCUAUAUAUCAGGAUACCGAAGGCAACGUCCUGGGGACGAGGGUGUUGAGUGAAAUCGAAGGCGGAGGGUCAAGUACGAUUGCUGACGACUAG